UCGCAGUGCUUUCCUCGAAUCUUUUCCUGACCUCCAGUGCCCGCAGUUGGAAGAACUGCAGUACCUUGGCGCUCCACUCCACGAUGCUGCCGUGGCGGGGACGCUAACUACUGCGACAGCUCGAAUUGCGAAAAUGAUACAGCGACUUAAAGUGUUACCGGCUCAUCACGCGCUUUAUUUAUUAAAAUGCAGCAUGGGGCCGGUAAGAAUGACUUACCAGCUACGCACUGCUCGUUGUUAUCUACAGAGAGGCCUGCUGACCAAAUUCGACAGUAUGAUUCGUGAAUGCCUUUGUGCAAUCACCAACGUAAACCUCACCGACAUGAACUGGACUCAGGCAUCACUUCCGGCUGCAAAUGGUGGCCUCGGAAUCCGGAGUCUUGAGAAGCUUGCCCUUCCGGCCUUUCUGGCCUCGGCUUACUCAGUGACCCAAUUGGCAUCCGAUAUUUCCGAUUUCGACCCGGAGGUGUACUGCGGUGACGCCGAAGCCGAGUGGCAGCGUGUGACGGAAGCUAACCUUCCAGCUGUAGAAGCCCGAAAAUAUCAGAAAGUGUGGGAUGAACCAGUUAUCCAGACCUCCGUAAAGACGCUAACCGAAAUUGCCCAGUCUGAUAUUUCCAGCCAGGCGCGGCUUUUAGGUAUUAGCACGAAGGACAACGGGGCAUGGCUGGAUGCUCUACCAGCUCCAUCUCCGGGUAAUCUUUUAAACGAUUCUGCACUACGGAUUGCUGUUGGCUUGCGCUUGGGAGCACCGAUUGUAACUCCGCACAGAUGCAUCUGCAAUGAAUGGGUGGACGAUCGAGGAUACCAUGGCUUGAGCUGCAAAAAAAUUCGAGCCCGAAAGUCUAGACAUAGCAGCUUAAACGCCACGCUUAAACGAGCCUUCGCCUCAGCCACUAUUGAGACUGAACUGGAGCCCUUGGGAAUUUCACCGACCAACGGCCUACGCCCUGACGGUGUCACCUUAGUGCCAUGGGAACGAGGCAAAAUGUGGACAUGGGAUGUGACUUGUGUGUGCACGAUGGCCCUCUCCCAUAUUGCAGCAACAUCCACCCAAGCUGGCGCAGCAGCGGCACAGGCCGAACGGAAGAAAACCGCGAAGUACCAGAACAUCGCCCAGGACUACCUGUUCCGUGCAGUGGGCGUGGAGACAGUAGGACCACUCGGACCGGAAGCCUCUCGGCUGAUCAGUGAACUGGGCAAGAUGAUAUGGCAGGAAACAGGCGAGAUACGUGCAACUGAGUAUCUGCGCCAGAGGUUCAGCAUCGAAAUCCAGCGUGGAAACGCCGCAUCCGUCCUGGGAACGGCACCAGCUUCGGCUGAUUUAGAUCAAAUGUUCUCAGUGAUUCGGGCGCCUGUUUCCGCUGUCUGUUGA